AUUUGGCUGACAGAUAUUUUAGGCAUUAUUUUGACUAGAGGAGACGAUUUGAAAGGUUGAAAGGUCAAAGGUUUCCAAGAUGGCAGCGGGAGAGUUGGGAGGUAGAGCCGAGCUGGAGACCGAGCUGGAAAAACUCGGCAUUCAAACGGAAACUAUCGAACAUCCGGAGGUGUUCACAGUGGAGGAGAUGAUGAAGUAUGUGUCACAUGCACCAGGUGCUCACUCCAAGAACUUGUUCCUCAGAGACAAGAAGAAAAAGAACCUCUGGGUUUUGACUAUUCUUCACAAUAGACAGGUAAAUCUAGGCUGGUUAGCCAAACAACUCGGUGCGGGAUCUGGCGGCGUUCGCUUCGCUGAUGAGUCCAUCAUGCUGGAGAAACUGGGCGUCGGGCAAGGCUGCGUGACCCCUCUCGCGCUCUUCAAUGACAAGAAGGGCGAGAUCAAGUUCCUCCUGGAUGCAGACAUCGCGGAGGGCAGUCACGAGAAGAUUUUCUGCCACCCGAUGACGAACGCUGCUUCCAUGGGGAUGUCUGUUCAGGACUUCCUCAAGUUUGUCAAGGCAACAGGACAUGAACCUAAACUAAUACAAUUUGAACCACUAGUAUGAUCAAGAUGUUACCUGAAUACUGUUGCAAAGCCAUGUGCAUACCAUUUUAAUUUGUUGGUCUUCAGAUUCAAAGAAUACUGAAAUGGAACAUCAACAUGGAAACAGAGUCUGAUAAAAACCAAGAAAAUAGAUUGGUUUGGUCUAAUGGAUUAUUUCUACUUACACCUGGUUUAACGUUUCUUUCUUUUAAAGUUGUAAAUAAACUUAAAACUUAACUUGUCUUGGAGAUGGGUGUGCUGCUAGCCAGGCAAAUGUCUACCUCUGUAGUAUAUGUUGUUUGAGAAAGGUGUAGUUUGGGUAUUUUUGGUUGAUAGUUUUCAAAAGUGGUUACAUCUAACAGAAUACUGCUGACCUUUUUUUGAUAUUGCACGAGUUAAGAACUAUGGAUGGCUAAAUUGGUAUGACUUUUGUGCCGAAUAAAAAUGGUAGGAUUUGCUGUGCAUCGCGUCUGUUGAAAACAUGGUGGGAAAGUUUGAAAAGCUGAGAUGUGCAGGAGCCUGCAGCAAUUCAUUUGAUAGCCCCUAGCUUAAUUGAAAACAUUCAUAUACCUAGGUGAAACAUGCAUUAAUUUUGGAGUGUGAUAAUUAAUUGAUAAGCUAUAUGAUAGGUAGUGUUUUAUAGGUGUGAUUUAACUUUAAAGUGUGAUAAUUUAUUGAUAAGCUAUAUGAUAGGUAGUAUUUUAGAAGUCUGAUCAAGAAGGUUCUAUGUUGAAUACAGGAAUGUCACCUGUAUGUGGCUGUUAUACAGGAUUAAUAUUAAGUAAUCAUGACUUUCUCAAAGGCUGGUUGUGUGUAGCUCCCAAAGCUGUUCCCGGCUGAAGUGAAAUACAAAAUCAGUACUCUCCAAGCAGAGGUUGGUUGAAAAAAUCGUGACCUUUUCUUUUCAUCCAUUUUUUAUCAACCGACUUUUCCACCAAAAAAAGUUGGUCGAUAAAAAGCAAAGGAAAGUCACAAUUUUUUCCAACAACCUCUGCUUGGAGAGUACAAAAUCAGCUCUUUAAGUAUCAUGUUAUAACAGUAGCUAGUUGUUGUUCUUUAUGCCAUAGAAGUGCUUUACUAACUGAUUCAUCUUAGAAGCAAUCAUGUUUAAAUGUGAAAAUACUAACUCCUUGCAAAGCAUUUGAUUUUUCAUUCUGGGAAUAAAGCAAAACUUAAAGUA